CUCGUUGACGUUUCCGUUAUAUCCGGCUGUUCCAAGAUGUCAAAUCCCUUGGAAGCGAUACAAGGCGGCCCUCAUGACUUGAACAAUUUCCGGACGUUGUCCGAAAGCACGUAGCACAUAGCCUAUCGGUCAUAAGACCGCCUUGUGGCUUUGCGCUAACGGGCUGGUCCCAUCCCCAGUGCCAAGUAUGUUACCCCAGAUUUGUCCAUAUUGGCCCCCGCAACUCCAGGUUCAUCUGGGAAACCUGCUGGCGGACCCCGUCUCCCAGAAAAGCGUACCCACGUCUGUUUUGUUGAGAAGUCGUCGGUUGCGCGCCCUUUAGCUAUAAAGCCGAGCCGCGAGAAUUUUUCCAUCUCUGGAACCUACACUGCCUCGUCCAGGAUACCUCGCUACUUCGGGACUGUCCACAAAAUUUGCAUACAUUUGUUCAACGUCGUUGUUCGAAUCAGUAGCCACGCAAGAUGGCCGUUGACCGAACCUCUUCUGAUCGUUCCGACAUCGAGAAUGUCUCCCCCGAGAAGGAGUCCAUCCAACAUGACGAGUAUCAAAUCCGUGGCGGCAUGAGGCCUGAAGAUGUUGAGUUCCUCGCCAACUUCCCCGAGGAGAAAAAGAAGAAGGCUGUCAGCAAGGUCGAUCACCGCCUCAUCCCGAUGUUGAUGCUCCUCUACCUGAUGGCCUACCUUGACAAAACAAACAUUGGCAACGCCAAGAUCGAGGGAUUGCUCGGCAGUCUCGGUAUGACUGGCGUACAGUACAAUGUUGCUGUCUCUGUCUUCUUCAUCCCUUUUGUUUUGGCCGAAGUCCCGAGUAACAUGGUUCUUCAUCUCUUCAAGAGACCAUCACUGUAUAUCGGCGGCAUCGUUACAUGCUGGGGCAUUAUCAUGACGUGCAAUGGCGUUGUUCAAAAUUUUGGUGGCCUGAUCGCGAUUCGAAUUUUCCUCGGACUCUUUGAAGCAGGUUUCCUUCCCGGUGCUAUCCUCAUCAUCUCAAAGUGGUAUCUCCCCAAUGAAACGCAAACUCGAAUUGCUCUUUUAUACACUUCCGCGGCGUCCGGAGGAGGUUUCUCAGGACUGUUGGCCUUUGGUAUCGCCAAGAUGGACGGUGUCGGCGGCUACGAGGGUUGGAGAUGGGUGAGUUCACGCAAAUCAGCAUCCCGGUGCAAGUCUUCUAACAGGCCCCAGAUCUUCAUCCUCGAAGGCCUGGCUACGGUGACCAUCGGCGUGAUGUGUUUCUUCUUCCUCAUCGACUCGCCCGCUCUAUCGAAAUGGCUCGAUGACGACGAGAAGCGAUACCUCGUACUCCGCCAGGAAUCGAGGCGGGUCGUCCGACCGGAUGAGUUCCGGGACAGCCACUUCGACAAGCAGGCAUUCAUCUCCGUGCUCACGGACUGGAAGAUCUAUCUCUUGGUCUUGGUCAACUGGUCCAACGCAGUGCCCAACUACGCCAUGAAGUUCACAAUGCCCCAAAUCAUCAAGAACAUGGGCUACACCUCGGCCAACGCCCAGCUCCUGACGAUUCCUCCGUAUGCGGUCGGCGCUUUGUCGGCUUACGUCUUCUCCGUGUUUGCUGACCGCCACUCCUGGCGUAUGCCGUUCAUCGUCGGCCCGCAGCUGUGCCUUGUUGUUGCCUUCAGCAUCUUGUUUGCCAAGGCCGCCGACAUCAAGGACAAUAUUGCCCUCUGCUACUUUGCCGUGUGUCUCGCCUGCUUCGGCAUGUACCCGAUUCUGCCUGGAGUCAACGCCUGGAACGUCGCAAAUACGCCGAGCCCCACGAAGCGAGCCAUCAGUAUCGGAUUCCUGGUCUGCGUCGGUAACAUUGGCGGCCUUAUUGGCAGCUACAUCUACAUCGAAAAGGAAGCACCCAAGUACCCCACUGGCUUUGGCACAUCAUUCGCAUUUGCCUCGGCCGGCAUUGUUGCUGCCAUUACGCUCGAGGGUCUACUGUAUAGACUCAACAAGAAGAAGGCGCUCAUUAGCGAGGAGGACGUCAGGCAGAGGUAUACCGACGAGGAACUUGACCGCAUGGGAGAGAAGAGCCCAUUGUUCAAGUAUGCCAUCUAGUCAGAGGCCAUGAUUUACGAUAUAUAGUUACUGGGAAUUUGAAUUGUUUCAUUUAUUGACCCUCGUCAAAUCGUAAUGGUUGAGGAGGCGGUUUUCGAGUUUCUUGUUUUCCUGGCUCUUGGAAGACGGUAAUCAGCACGGCAGCAU